AUGGCGCGGGUUGAAGCAUUCAUGCAGAAAACCUUCACUUGCAUGGACUUCAAUCUCCGUCCAGGGGACUGGAAUGAAGCAACAAACUGGCUGGGGGAGAGGUGGGCUUCGGACAAGACGGGUACUUUGACUCAGAACAAAAUGACUGUGGUUAAUGUCGCUAUCGGAGAUGAGCUUUUGACGGUCUCAGAAGCAAGAACGGCUGCAGCUGAAGAUGACACUCUCGGCCAGAUGGGGACUUACCUGUGGAGCUUCGGAAGGUUCACGGAGAUGCUACGGGUAUACGUCUCUAAAUAUGACGUCGAUCUUUCCACUGAUGCGAAGCGCGUAGACACCGGUCUACUUCGGUUUUCAGAGAGCUUCGAUCCUGUUGAAAGCAGCCGAGCAGCAUGGAUAGAGUGUGCGAAGCUUGCCUUCAAUUCUAAGAAUAAGUUUGCCAUACAAGUGCCUCCCCAAGAGAAACCGACUACCUCUGAUGGCUUUGAUGUGUCAUCGGACCACAUAAUGGAUUCGAAGGCAUCGAUUGUGUCACUGGAUGGGACCAUCGUAGACCGUUUUUCGGCGAUACAAGAACAAUUCGCAUCAAGUGGCCAACGCGUUCUACUCAUGGCCAAGAAGGUCAUCCGCGGCGACGAACUUCCAACAGACUUUUUCGUCAAAUCUGGUUCUUUUCCAAUGGAAGACCGUAUGCUUGGUCUCAACUUCGACUUGACAGUAGUUGGCUUGGUGGCUUUGAUAGACCCACCGAAAGGCGAUGUUAAGCGCACCGUUUCCACGGCGCGUCGAGCAGGAAUUCGGUUUGCAAUGGUUACAGGCGAUUUCUCCUCUACUGCUGCCGCCAUCGCUCAGCAGGUGGGAAUCAUCACGACGCCAAUGAGCGAAGUGAAGUAUGUUAAAGACCUUCCGCCUGACGCCUCUUUAGAGUCGGUGGCUGGGUACGAGCCCGAUAUUGAGAGUCGCUUGGUCCCGGAUAUGCGAAGUCUUGUCCUAAGCGGUUCUGACCUUAUCGGCAUGAUUGAGUCGCAAUGGAAACAGGCACUCGCCUUUGACGAGAUCGUUUUCGCCCGAACAACUCCUCAGCAGAAACUGCAAAUCGUGAAGAAAUUGCAAGCGGGGGGAUGUACUGUUGCGGUGACAGGCGAUGGAGUGAAUGAUUCCCCGGCAUUAAAGCAAGCCGACGUUGGAGUGGCGAUCGCUGGAGGUUCCGAAGUCGCCAUGGAGGCCGCGGACUUGAUUCUGCUCUCAGACUUUUCUGCUAUCAUCACGGGAAUCCAGUAUGGACGCUUGUGCUUUGAGAACCUUCGAAAGUCAAUAUUGUAUCUCUUGCCUGCUGGCAGUUUCUCUGAGCUCAUGCCUAUCGUUCUCAAUAUACUCACCGGGGUGCCUCAAGCACUGAGCAAUUUCCAGAUGAUCAUCAUCUGUAUUUUCACGGAUGUUUCUCCUGCAUUGUCAAUGGUGAAAGAGAAGCCCGAAGCAGAUCUAUUAUUACGCCGUCCUCGUGAUCGCCGAAAGGACCGUUUGGUCAACUGGAGACUCUUGCUGCAUGCGUAUUUCUUUCUGGGCUUGAUAGAAACAGCAACAUCCAUGGUUGGAGCGUUCUAUUUCGGAUUUCAGCGCCAUGGCGUCCCAUUCUCUGCCCUGUGGCUCAAAUACGGAAAUUAUGACGUAAACCCCGCGCGGAUUCAGGAGCUUACGAACAGGGCACAGUCUAUCUAUUUCUUCAAUUUGGUCAUAAUGCAGUGGUUCAAUCUACUUGCGACACGUACCAGAAGACUGUCGUUGUUUCAACAAAAUCCUUUUGGUUCCAAAACGCGCAAUCUUUUCAUUUUCCCUGCUAUGGCUGCUGCACUCGUUAUUGCCUGCUUCUUCUCUUACAUCCCUUGGUUCCAAAGGGUUCUUUCGACGCGAGGAGUCAGUGUUGAGUUCUUCUUCCUGCCAAUUGCAUAUGGUAUCGGAAUGCUUUUCCUUGACGAAGCACGCAAAUGGUGGAACAGGAUGCGCCUGUCAUCGUUCCUUGCGCGAAUCGCAUGCGAUAUUACUAUAGAGCGUUUUUUCCGGCUUUCUGCCGUAGUUCACAUAGAAUUACUAAUGUCAUGCGAUGAAGGACACCCCUAUUCAGGACACGUAUAA